UCUGCCUUUUGGUCUCUCUCUCUCUCUCUGGCUCUCUCUCGCUAUAAACUGGGAUCAAUGAUGGCAUGUCUCUAGAUUCUCUUCUCUGCUCACACGUUUUGCCCCCCAAAGAGUUCAUUCAUCACCACACACACACACUCGCUUUAUCUUAUCUUCUGAUUCGAGCGGCGCCACUGUUCCGGAUCGAUUAUUUUCGAAUCUGUGUGAACCAGAAGCUGCUUCUCCUUGGAAUCCAAUUCUAGAUCGUCGAUUCCUAGCUAUGCGGAGAGGUUAUCGCGAUUUCACGACGACAUCUCUCGAUUCAUCAUCACAUUUCAGCUCGAGCAGUGUGAUUUUCUAGACUUUAAGGGGAGGGGGGUGGGGUUUGCUUCUGAGAGGAUUGAUUUUGGUUUAUGUCGAGGAACGCACGAAUGACGUCGGAUCUUAGCAGAGCCGGUCCAGUCGCGAGGGAUAUUGAGCAGGCUGUCACUGCUCUGAAAAAGGGAGCUUAUUUGCUCAAGUAUGGAAGAAGGGGAAAGCCUAAGUUCUGCCCUUUUCGCCUUUCUAAUGAUGAAUCUGUUUUGAUAUGGUUCUCGGGGAACGAAGAGAAGCAUUUGAAGCUGAGCCAUGUUUCUCGGAUCAUAUCUGGCCAGCGCACUCCUAUUUUUCAGAGAUAUCCACGUCCCGAGAAAGAAUAUCAAUCGUUCUCGCUAAUAUACGACGAGAGGUCGCUGGAUGUGAUAUGCAAGGAUAAAGAUGAGGCUGAAGUGUGGUUUAGUGGUUUAAAAGCCUUAGUCUCUCGUUGUCAUCAACGGAGAUGGAGAACCGAAUCAAGAAGUGAUGGAACUCCAUCCGAAGCUACCAGUCCAAGGACAUAUACCCGGAGAAGCUCCCCUUUACAUUCUCCAUUUAGCAGCAAUGAAAGUUUCCAGAAGGAUGGCUCUAGUCACCAUCGUAUUCACAGUCCAUAUGAGAGCCCGCCUAAGAAUGGCAUUGAUAAGGCAUUUUCAGACAUGUCGUUGUAUGCACUUCCUCCAAAAGGUUUUUUUCCCUCAGAUCCAGCAGCUAUUUCAGUUCACUCUUUGUCAUCUGGAGCCUCUGAUUCCAUACAUGGUCAUAUGAAAGGUAUGAGUAUGGAUGCUUUUAGAGUUAGUCUGUCAAGUGCUAUUAGUUCUUCGAGCCAUGGUUCUGGUCAUGAUGAUGGAGAUGCGUUGGGAGACGUUUUUAUUUGGGGAGAAGGAAUAGGUGAAGGUGUUUUGGGUGGUGGAAGCCAUAGAGUUGGAAGUUCGCUUGAGAUCAAAAUGGAUUCCUUUGUGCCAAAAGCUUUAGAAUCUACUGUAGUACUUGAUGUCCAGAAUAUUGCUUGUGGUGGACAGCAUGGUGUUCUUGUUACAAAGCAAGGAGAAACUUUUUCUUGGGGAGAGGAAUCCGAGGGUAGGCUUGGCCAUGGUGUAGAUUCUAAUGUUCAACAUCCAAAGCUUAUUGAUGCACUCAGUACCACAAAUAUUGAGCUUGUAGCAUGUGGCGAAUACCAUAGCUGUGCAGUUUCUCUAUCGGGGGAUUUGUAUACCUGGGGUAAAGGAGAUUUUGGUAUUCUGGGACAUGGAAAUGAAGUCAGUCACUGGAUCCCGAAAAGAGUGAACUUUCUUAUGGAAGGGUUACAUGUAUCAUCCAUCGCUUGUGGACCUUACCACACAGCUGUUGUGACUUCUGCUGGGCAGUUGUUCACUUUUGGUGAUGGGACCUUUGGUGUUUUGGGCCAUGGAGACAAGAAAAGUGUUUUCAUACCCAGAGAGGUAGACUCUUUGAAAGGUCUUCGCACUGUCCGUGCAGCCUGCGGUGUAUGGCACACAGCCGCAGUUGUAGAAGUCAUGGUUGGAAGCUCGAGUUCUAGUAACUGCUCCUCCGGAAAGCUCUUUACAUGGGGUGAUGGUGACAAGGGUCGUCUUGGGCACGGUGACAAAGAACCAAAACUUGUGCCUACCUGUGUUGCAGCUCUUGUAGAACCUAAUUUUUGUCAAGUGGCGUGUGGACAUAGCCUAACAGUUGCACUAACAACAUCGGGCCAGGUCUAUACUAUGGGUAGUCCUGUUUAUGGUCAGCUUGGAAACCCACAUGCUGAUGGAAAGGUACCAGCUCGUGUUGAAGGUAAACUUCACAAGGGUUUUGUCGAGGAAAUUGCUUGCGGUGCUUUUCAUGUUGCAGUUUUAACUGCAAAGACUGAGGUUUACACUUGGGGAAAAGGAUCAAAUGGCAGACUAGGCCAUGGGGAUGCAGAUGAUAGAAAUUCACCAACAUUGGUUGAGUCGCUUAGGGAUAAACAGGUGAAAAGUAUUGCAUGUGGUUCCAACUUUACCGCAGCUGUCUGCCUGCACAAGUGGGCAUCAGGGAUGGACCAGUCCAUGUGUUCAGGUUGCCGUCAGCCUUUCAAUUUAAGGAGAAAGCGGCAUAACUGCUAUAACUGUGGACUUGUGUUCUGCCACUCUUGCAGUAGUAAAAAGUCCCUGAAGGCGUGUAUGGCACCAAACCAGAACAAACCAUAUCGAGUGUGUGACAAGUGUUUUAGCAAAUUGAAAAAGGCCAUGGAAACUGAUGCAUCAUCUCAUUCUUCUUUGAGUCGAAGAGAAAGUGUCAACCAGGGAUCAGAUGCAGUUGACAGAGAUGAGAAGUUGGAUUCUAGAUCCGACGGACAGUUAACUAGAUUCUCAUUGUUGGAGCCCAUAAGGCAAGCGGACAGCCGAUCCAAGAAGAGUAAGAAGUACGAGUUUAAUAGUAGCCGUGUCUCACCAGUACCAGGCUCUCACCGGGGUUCACUAAACAUAACCAAGUCUUUUAAUCCAACUUUUGGAGUAUCAAAGAAAUUCUUUUCAGCGUCUGUUCCAGGCUCCCGAAUUGCGUCUCGUGCAACUUCACCAAUAUCAAGACGUCCAAGCCCACCUCGCUCAACCACGCCAACUCCCACUCUUUCAGGGCUCAUUACACCGAGAAUUGUCGUGGAGGAUGCCAAGAGAGCCAAUGAUAACGUAAGCCAGGAGGUGCUUAUGCUAAGAUCACAAGUUGAAAAUCUUACACGGAAGGCACAACUUCAACAAGUUGAACUAGAAAGAACAACCAAACAGCUAAAGGAGGCACUGGCAAUAGCUAGCGAAGAAACAGCGAGAUGCAAGGCAGCUAAAGAUGUGAUUAAAUCACUUACCGCUCAGUUGAAAGACAUGGCUGAAAGAUUACCUGUUGGAUCAGCCCGGACAAUCAAGUCUCCUUCUCAUAACUCGUUUGGUUCCAGUCCUGAUUACGUUGCCGCCCCUUCGUCUAACACCUUAAACCGUCCAAACAGUCGAGGAAGUGAUCCUGAUGGCGUAAACACCAUCCCAAUGUUUGCUAACGGGACCAGCACGCCUGUUUUCGACGGCGCAAGUUUUCGACAGCAAGCGAACCAUGCUGCUGAGUCGAUAAAUAGAAUCAGCACACGAGCAAAAGAAAGUGAAGCUCGUAGUGAAAAUGAGUGGGUUGAACAAGAUGAACCUGGUGUGUACAUCACUCUCACGGCCUUGCCGGGAGGGGCGAGAGAUCUCAAACGCGUCCGUUUCAGCCGUAAGAGGUUUAGCGAGAAACAAGCAGAAGAGUGGUGGGCAGAGAAUAGAGGACGAGUGUACGAACAAUACAAUGUACGCCUAGUCGUUGACAAAUCCAGUGUGGGUGUAGGAAGUGAAGACUUGGCUCACUAGAUUUCUUUGCUUUACACUCAUCUUUCAUCUUUUUUUUUUUGUUAACACGGGUUUUCGUAGGUUUAUUGGGGGAUGGAUUAUAACAAACCAAAAGUGAGAUUAGGAGUGAUUCCACCAUCUUCUUUCAUUAUAGUUUGGGUGUUUUGUCUUGUAAAUUCAUCUGUAAAUUCUAUAAGCAUACACUUGUCUUUGUCUCCUCUAUAAAUGCUAUCAUUUGAUGUUGAA